GUCUCCCCACCCAGCUCUGGUAACCACACUCGCAGGCUCAGCUGUGUGUCCAGAACCUGCUCUCACCUCGGUCCGGCUGACCGUGAGCCGCUCACAUGGGUUCUGAGCUGGAGUCUGCGAUGGAGACCCUCAUCAACGUGUUCCACGCCCACUCGGGCAAGGAAGGAGACAAGUACAAACUGAGCAAGAAGGAGCUGAAGGAGCUGUUGCAGACGGAGCUCUCUAGCUUCCUGGACAUCCAGAAGGAUGCGGAUGCUGUGGACAAGGUGAUGAAGGAGCUGGAUGAGAACAGAGAUGGGGAGGUGGACUUCCAGGAGUAUGUGGUGCUGGUAGCCGCCCUCACUGUGGCCUGUAACAACUUCUUCUGGGAGAACAGUUGAGCAGGCCGCCCGCUCGGGUAGCGCCCUUCUCUUCUACCAUGCCAGACCUGCCCCUCUGCCCCAGGCCCCCAUCACCCUGCAUUUCCCUUCUCAUACCCCCCUGUUCCCCAUCAAGGGCGCAAGAGUUGCACACCUGACCUGCAACUCCUUUCAUUAAAGGCUUCUCUCACCGGC